UUGGAUCUGAUUUAGUCGUUAGCGCGCGGGCAACUCGAUCACAUCGUUCACAUCGCAAAGCGUGGAUCGUUCCCGUUAGAUUGGCUACCUUUGACACCGGCAACUGUCGAUUUUUAAAAUAUUAGUUUCGGCUUCGGUCUUUCUCAGUUUUUACUUACUGUAAUAUAAAAAUAUUUUAAUACACGCGGCCCAACACGUGCGAAUUGGCGACAAUUAACAUUCGCGUAUUUCCACAUUCUAUUUGCAAAUUAUUCAAAAAGUAAUCUGUUCUUGGGCUCAUCGCCAUGAGUAAAAAUGGACACAAUAAUCAGGCGUUUGUCAGUGAUCAUGUGGACAACAUCAAGCAGCAGAGCAGCAACAAGUACUCACUGGAGCUAGCGGAGAAGGGUGCUGUCAAGACUCCCGAAUACAAUCCCUAUGAGCAUCGGGAUGUGCCGCAUCCCACAACCAACUGGGAGACCCUAUUCCAUUUGCUGAAAGGCUCUCUAGGCACUGGUAUUCUGGCCAUGCCAAAUGCCUUUCGCAACUCGGGCUAUGUGUCGGGGACCAUCGGAACCAUUGUGAUCGGCUUCAUAUGCACCUACUGCAUACACCUGCUGGUCAAGGCAGAGUAUGAGCUGUGUCGCCGUAAAAAGGUGCCCAGCAUGAACUACCCAGCUGUGGCGGAGGCAGCCCUGGCCGAGGGUCCUUCUUUCUUCAAGAACUGUGCCCCCUACAUAGGCACCGUAGUGAAUGUAUUCCUGCUAAUUUACCAACUGGGCACUUGCUGUGUCUACGUGGUAUUCGUUGCGUCCAACAUAAAAUCCAUUGUCGAUACCGUCUACGAGACCAACAUCGACGUGCGUCUCUGCAUGAUAAUAAUAUUGGUGCCUUUGAUACUCAUCAAUUGGGUGCGACAACUGAAGUACCUGGCUCCCUUCUCCACAUUAGCCAAUUUCAUCACAAUGGUAUCCUUUGGCUUCAUUUGCUACUAUAUCUUCCGGGAGCCAGUCACACUGGAGGGCAAGGAUGCCAUUGGCAAGAUUGAGAACUUUCCACUGUUCUUUGGAACAGUUUUGUUCGCCUUAGAGGCUAUUGGCGUUAUUUUGCCUCUCGAGAACGAGAUGAAAACGCCACACAAGUUUGGCGGCUCCUGUGGCGUUCUGAAUAUUUCCAUGGUAUGGAUCGUUUUCUUGUACGUGGGCAUGGGUCUAUUCGGAUAUCUAAAUUACGGUGCCAGUGUACUGGGCUCCAUCACUCUGAAUCUGCCUGAGCAUGAAAUUCCAGCGCAAUGCGUGAAAGCCAUGUUGGCAUUCGCCAUCUAUAUCACACACGGUCUGGCCUGUUAUGUGGCUAUUGACAUCACGUGGAACGACUACGUCGGCAAGAAACUGGGCCCCCAACGCAACAAGCUCUUCUGGGAGUAUGCCGUGCGUACCGGCCUUGUGCUGAUCACCUUUCUGCUCGCCGUGGCCAUACCCAAUCUGGAGCUCUUCAUAUCGCUUUUUGGCGCCCUGUGCUUAUCCGCCUUGGGCCUGGCUUUUCCAGCUCUGAUUCAGAUCUGCACGCACUGGUACGAGACCACUGGAAUGGCCAAGGGCUGGCUGCUGUUAAGCAACUUCGUGCUGAUUAUUGUUGGCAUUCUGGGUCUAGUUAUUGGAACGUAUACCUCUCUCAAGGAGAUUGUUCUCACAUUCACCGAAUAGUUGGCUACUUUGAAAUUACUUUAAGUCAAAUAUUAUAAUUUGGUAUAUUCCAUUCCUUCGAAUUUGUCGUACAAGCAAAGAACUACGCACUCAAUAUGACAAAUGGGCCAAUAAAAAAGGAAGAGUGCUGCAUCGAGCGACUGCAUGUUAACUAAUGAUUCGUAAAGUUAAACUUCAAUACUUGUAAAAACAAAAA